AUGGAGAGAAGAAACGAUGCGACAGCGACGGUGAUGAAGAAAUGGCAGUAUCCACAAGUGGGCCUUCCAACGCCGAGGAUUCUUCAGUUGCCACGUAGGCACAUUGUUCGGCGAAACUCCACGAAGGGGAAGACAACAGCAACACCUUCUUCUUCUUCUUCUUCGUCUCAGAAGGAUCGUAGAGUGAAGCUGGAGGUUCUGUUUCACCAAGAGAGAUCGUUCGAUCGAGGUGAUGAGGAGGAAGGAAGGAGAAGAGGGAAAGUUGCAGACGGGAGAGAGAUUGGUGGGUCGGUUGAUGAAGUUGAGGAAGCGAAGUGGAGGUUUCAGGCGGAGAUGUUGAGAUCAGAGUGUAAUUUGUUAAGGAUAGAAAAGGAGAUUGCUUUGAAGAAGAUGGAGAGAAGGAAGAAACGAAUGGAGAAGACGCUUAGAUCUGCUGUUCUUACUCUUCUCUCUGUAAGUCAAAAUCGUCUUCUUCUUCUUCCUUUUGAUUUGUUUGUGAAUGCUGAGUGUUUUGAGUAUGAAGCUGUUGGUGAUUGGAUUCAGGGGAAACAGAGGAUCUCAGAAGGGAAGAAAGAGAGCAAGGUUUUGGAAGAUGAGAUCAGCUAUUUGAUUGAGAAGCUGAAUGAGUUAAAGUCUCCAAAGGUUAAAGACAUUGAAGCUAGAAAGUUCAGACAUAAUUUUGACAAGAAAGCUUCUGUUUUGAAAAGAGAGCUUGAGAAAUUCGACGAUGGAGUAGUUUCCGAGGAGGUUUGUGUGAAAGGGAUUCGAAAAAUGGCAGAAGCUAGCUUCUUGGUCAAUCCUAACCCUCUAGCCAAGAACAACAAUGACAAUAUAGAUACAUUGAGUAGUAAAAUGGAGGCCUUGUCGAAAGGGGUUUUGUUGGAAAGAAUGGAGAAAGAAUAUGGAUCAAGCUCUGUCUCCAAAUGCAUUGAUCUUCAAGAUGCAUCUGCACAAGACAUGUAUAGCAAGACAGUUAAAGCGAACGAGGAAAAGAAAGACUGUUCUAGACACUGUAAAGCAGUAAUGAGGAAGAUUGCGGAUGAAGUAAGAGCAGAGGCAGAGCAAUGGUCACAAAUGCAAAAAAUGUUGUGUCAAGUGAGGAAGGAGAUGGAGGAGCUUCAGUCUUGUCGUGAUUUCUGGCAAAACCGCGCUCUUGAUUCGGAUUCUCAGAUACAAAAUCUACAUUCCUCAGUUGAAGGAUGGCGAAGAAAGGCGAUAUCAUCAGAGGCAAAGUUGAAAAACCUGCAAGCAGAGGUUUGUGGAUUACAAGGAGAGAUGGAGAGAUUGAGGAAGGAACAUAAGUUGGUGGUGGAAGCAGAGAAGAAAGACAGAUUGCCAUCAGAGUCGGAGAAGAGAGUAUUGAUUUGUAGGUUGAAAGAAAACAGACAUAGCAACAAUGGAGAUUGGUCUAAGCACAGAGAAGGAAGAACAACAACAAAACCGUCUUGCUCAAGACCGCCUUUAAGAGAAGUUAAGAACGGUUCAGUAGCAACAGCGAGACAGAGAAACUCCACUGUCAUGAAAAUAGAAGCAGAACGUAACAUCCCAGUGCCAAAAGGUGAAACAUCGUCUUGUCCCCAAAUAGAUGCGAGCAAACAGAAGCAAGAGCUGAUUCAAAGAGCUGUAGAAGACAACAAAGGAGAAGCAUCUAAAAACAUUGACAACAAUAUUGAUGAAGAAGAUCCUGAACUCCCUCCUGGUUUUGGCUAA